AUGGCGUCGUCGUCGUGCAGCCUUGAUGGAUCUCCCCUCUCGCUGUCAUGGUCAUGGGUCCAGGAGACGGUGGACGUCCUGCGCACGAAACUGGCGGAGGUGGACAAGCAGCAGGCUUUUUUUACGUUGCUCCCGAUAGUCGUUUUGUCGUGGCGGUUUUUUGGGACGGCUACUCAAGCCCGAAAGACAAGCAAGAUUCGCACUCUCAAAGCACCGGAUUUCCCUCCAAUCGAGCCGCUCGAAAACUUCGACUGGAAGACCACAGAGCCGCUCAAGAUCCGGCCGUUCAAGCCAAAGUACCAUCUUACCAUGGCUGACGAACCAGCCCUCGAGACGCUCAACCCUAGCGAACUCAUCCCCAUGGACAAGACAUACAAGGACCGUAUCGCCUAUCGUCGCUCCCUCCUCAACCAGUACCACGACACCGUCGUGGCUGUCAACAACGAGGCUGAUCCCCGCAUCCGCGCUGCGGUCAAGGAGCUGUACACCUUCCUCAUGGGCACGUAUCUGCCCGGCCGGUAUCCGACCAUGUUCCGGCUCCACCACACGGCGUUCGAGACAGGCAAAGCGGAGAUGCUGGAGAACCUCGUCACGGGCGAGAUCUACCCCGCGGAACUGACAGCGCUGACCAGCACGAUUCGGGCGCUGGAGACGCUUCUCAAGAACAUUGACGAGGAUUUCCUCAUCCUUUUGCCAGAAACAACGCAGAACGGGCAGACCAAACAGAAAGAAGGCCAGGACAGCAACGUCAAGUACAUCCUCGAAGCCUUCGCCACCUGCUACCCAGCCGGCUUCAACCCCCGCCAGAAGCUGGGCAAGCGCCUGGCGGAGAUCCACGCGCCAGUGCCGGGAUACGCCGACAAGCUAGAGAAGAGCAUGGACCGGUUCUUCGAGAAGAUCGAGGUAGGAAAGUACGUGAAGCGGGUCAACUGGAGCAUUGCGAUCGACGCGGAGCUGUUUUCUGCCUUUGGCGGGUUGCACAGUGCCGAGGGCGAGAAGUUGGAGCCGAUCAAGCCGGGGGAGUUGGAUCUUGAUACGACCUUCCUCCGCUGCGAACGCCAAACCCUGCAUCGCCUCCCGCGCUCCAAGGCCCUCGUCUUCGCCUUCCACACCUACACGUAUCCGAUCAGGGAGAUCAAGGAAGAAGGUCUAGGCGAGGAGCUUGCCACGGCCAUCGAUGGCCUAAAGGAGGGCAGUACGCCGCAGAUUCAUUUUUACAAACGUGGACCUGUUUGGGGGGAGGCGGUGAAGGCUUAUUUGAGGAGUUGA